AUGGCGAAAAGGAGUUUAACAGAGGAGUCUCGUAAUGAUUUCAGAGACAAGAAAAGGAUUCUGAUAUCUUCGGCGGAGAUUACGUCUCAUGGGUUCAACGACUUCUGUUUUUCCGGCGAUGACAACAAUGAAUACGAACACGAAGACUGUGAAAGUUCAGUGGGGUCUAAUCAUCCGAUUCUUGAUGUCAUACUUAUCUCCGACAGUGAAGACGAUGAGGUUGAAUCUCCAUCCUCUAAGAUCGAUAUCACCGGCGAUGAAGUACAAGAAACACAAACAGGAAUCACACUAUUCCGGUCGCCGGCGGUUGCCGAGAACCAGUGCGCUGAAAUCGAAGUAACAGAGAAGAAGCAGAAAGAAGGCGAAGAAGAAGAAGAAGGGAGUUGGUGGAUGGAAUUCGGUUCGAUGAUUGUUGAUAAUAAUGGCUUUCUUUUAGGCGAAUACAGAAGACUGGAUGAAGAACUUUACGUCAACAUAACUGCCGAUUCUUGA